ACCAAAUUUAGCAAAGGUAUGAAGAGAGAAGAGAAACGGCAAAAGCUCCAUGAAGGGCUCCUUAGGAUGCUCUAUCCUCCUCCACCAUCACCUCCUUCCCAAGAAGAAAACAGUGACGACGAACCAUUUGACAUUCUCGAACAAGGCGAUCAAAUUCCAGGUUUUCUUGCUAACAUGAAUCAACUGGAAAAGGAUAGGGGUUCUUCCUCCUCUGGCGACCAGGAGGAGACUGAUCAUGGGUCUGAGAAGCUCACAAGGGCACAGAGGAAGAGGAUUCGACGGAAGAAGCUUAAGGAAGCCUCCUCACGCCGCCAGAAUAUAAUAGGGCCGUUGUUGCCUACUGAAGAGAUUGAUCGUGAGGAUGUAAAUGUGAGUACGCCACCACAAGGUGUUCGACAAAAUGCCAAUGAGACAGAUGAUGCAGAUUCUUGCUUGAAACAAAACAAACAAAAACAAAGAAGAAUGGCUAAACGUUUGGUUGGUGGCAGCUCAAAAUCAACUGGGGAUGACAACAAGACUUGAAAGCUCCAUUUCUUUGGCCGAGGGAUAAGAAAACUUGACUGACUGCUUAAAGAAGGGUCAUUGCAAAGCGAAAAUUUUGAAAUCGGAUUUGAUACAACUGCUGACAAAAAUUUUAAGAGGUUGUGUUAUUUUUUCAUAACU